GGUUUGUGGCAACCCUGUCAAUUUGAUGAAAGAAAAAUCUUCUUAAAAAAUUGUCCCAGACCGGUUGGAGCCGCUGCCGCCCAGUCCGGAUUCAACCUCGCGCGCCGCUGACGCCCGCCCGCCCAACGUGCACUCCCGAUUCCUUCUGGUUCUAAGUCCAAAAUGGCAACUCUCAAAGAUCACCUGAUUCAGAAUCUUCUUAAGGAAGAACAUACCCCCCAGGAUAAGAUCACAGUUGUUGGGGUUGGUGCUGUUGGCAUGGCUUGUGCCAUCAGUAUCUUAAUGAAGGACUUGGCAGAUGAACUUGCUCUUGUUGAUGUCAUGGAAGACAAACUGAAGGGAGAGAUGAUGGAUCUCCAGCAUGGCAGCCUUUUCCUUAGAACACCAAAAAUUGUCUCUGGCAAAGAUUAUAACGUGACUGCAAACUCCAAGCUGGUUAUUAUCACAGCUGGGGCACGUCAGCAAGAGGGAGAAAGCCAUCUUAAUUUGAUCCAGUGUAACGUGAACAUCUUUAAGUCCAUCAUUCCUAAUAUCGUAAAAUAUAGCCCAAACUGCAAGUUGCUUGUCGUUUCCAAUCCAGUGGAUAUCUUGACCUAUGUGGCUUGGAAGAUAAGUGGCCUUCCCAAAAACCGUGUCAUUGGAAGUGGUUGCAAUCUGGAUUCAGCCCGGUUCCGUUACCUAAUGGGGGAAAGACUGGGAGUUCACCCAUUAAGCUGUCACGGGUGGGUCCUUGGGGAGCAUGGAGACUCCAGUGUGCCUGUAUGGAGUGGAGUGAACGUUGCUGGUGUCUCUCUGAAGAAUCUGCACCCUGACUUAGGCACUGAUGCAGAUAAGGAACAGUGGAAAGAGUGCAGAUACACUUUGGGGGAUCCAAAAGGAGCUGCAGUUUUAAAGUUUUCUAAUGUACCACUUCACUGUCUAGACUAUAGCAGGAUUUUAGUUGGAGAUUGUGCAUAUUGUCCUUAUUAUCUGAUCUGUUACUCAAGUAAUAUUAAAAUGGCCUAAGAAAAAACGUCAGUUUCCUAAAGUUCCAAAUAGGAAUGGUUCACCAAACCCUGCAGCUGUAUCCUGGUACUGGAUGAUACCUGUCUUUGUAGGCCUAAAUUGGUUAACGUAAGUUAGCCCCACUGUCUCAGAGGCUCCACUGCCAGAGCUGCCGUUGCUCUGCACACCAGAUGUGUGUUUACCGUGUGUUCUGUCACUUCGGGUUCCUUCCUCCAACACCCAACAUGCCUAGUUCAUCUUUUCCAGUCAGUCACGUUCUGGGAUCCAAUGUAUAAAUUCAAUAUUGCGUGUAUUGUGCAUAACUGUCCUAAAGGAUCUUACUUUGUGUACCAUGUAUGUCAGAAUAUAGUGUACAUGGCCAUAUAACGUAAAAAGACAAUGCAGCCAACUAAGUGUCAUACCAACUAAAAUACCAAAUAAAUUUUGAACAGUGACUCUUUUUUUGAACAAACAAACAAAAAUUGUCCCAGACCAAAGGACACUAAAGAGGCACAACAACUCAA